CCAAAACGACGUCGUGGCUUAGCUUCAAGGCUAACAUAAUCGAUGGCCCUUAAAACCCGGCGCAUUUCCACCAUCCGCUCUCGGCUUUUUAAAACGACGAUGGGUUGCUGCGGCGACGAAGAAAACGACGACGAUAUCUUCAACCCUCCCACCUCCACCCUACACGACUCGUCGUCGUCCUCCUCCGACUCCACCACCAUAUCUCCGAUGAACUCUCACUUCUCCGCCCUGGCGUGCCGCGACACGCUCCGCGUCAUCUUCGAGGAGCUUCCGAUCCCGGACCUCGCUCGGUCCAGCUGCGUCUGCCGCGCAUGGAACUCCGUCGCCUCCGAUCAAGAGAUCGUCGCCAAGGCCUUCAAAUCGCCGUGGAGGCUGAAGGAGGUGAUCGGAAAACCAGCCUCCGGAAGCUUCUGGAGAGAUAAUAGCCUCGGGAAAUUCGCCAUCUCGCACCGAAUUUCCCGCGGCGAUAGCGUCGCUAGCCUCGCCGUCAAGUAUUCCGUUCAGGUGAUGGAUAUAAAGCGCUUGAACAACAUGAUGAGUGAGCAUGGAAUAUACUCGAGGGAGAGGUUGUUGAUUCCAGUAAGCAAUGCCGAAAUGCUUGUGGGAGCUACCUGCUACGUCGAGGUGGAUCCCUGUGCUAAGAGAGAGGUUGCGGUGUUGUAUUUGGAAGAUGGUCCUGACCCGAAAUCAAUGAGCUCUUGCGCUUUGUCGCCGAAGAAUGCCGAGAGCAGUGGAGCAAAUUCUGAGCUAGGAAAGAAGAGGGUUCUCGAGUCUCUGAGGAGAAGCAUGCAGGUUGAUGAUGCCACUGCUCUGUACUACUUGUCCAUUGCUGAUGGGGAUCCGAGAGCUGCAUUGUCUCAGUUCUCGCAGGACCUUAGAUGGGAGAGUCAUUCGGCCUUGGCUUAAAGCAUUGCAAGCAAGUCUUUUCCAAUUGUGUGUUGAUGUUUCAAUAUAACGACUCUAUAUUACUAAGUGUGUGCGUGUGUGUCUUGCUUAAUCUUGUAAAUACGUACUGAAGCUGUAACUUGGGACUGUCCAUUUCCAUUAUCAAAUAUAAUAUAGCAUGUGUUCGGAA